ACAGACUGGCAUUUUACUCGAUAAAACGUCUUGUUCGUGCCCUCGAAAAUUUCUCUUUCCCAACCGGGCUUCUCUCCCUCUUCUCUCCGUCCACCAAAUCCCCGUCUUGUUGAAAUCUGUCUUAUCGUGAUUAUUUCUCUCACCAUUUCCGCUCCGGUCUUCAAACCAUUUUCGCUCCAGCCACCAAACCCCUCUUCUCACCAUUUUGCUCCGAUCUUAAACCCGAAAUUUGUGUGAUUAUCCUUCUCACACAAUCUCACUACAAUUUGUGUGAUUUGCGUGAUUAUUGUGUAUGUUGCUUGGCAUCAUCCAGACGAGCUGACUCUCUCUCGGUUUGGUGGUCCGUCGCACUCAAUACAAUCGAAACCCCCACAGCCAUUUCACUCUCCUCUUCCUCCCUCUCUGUCUCUCCCCCACUCUGUCUCUCUCUAAAAUUGGAACUUCGGCAGUGGAAGACGAAAACAAGCUUAUGAAGCUUCAAUCGAAUCGCUGAUUCAAGCCAUCAGUUUAUUUCGCGCGUCUUCCCUUCCUUGCCCAUCUGCAUUCUGCUCGUCUCCGAUCGUGUGAAUGAGAGCUGCUUCAAAUCUCUACAUUUCCAGUUCAAGCAUUAGUGGGGUCACAGUUGCCUUCUACUCGUCUUCUCCGAUAAGUCCCUGUCGCAACUCCUAUUCCGUGUGAGUUUGGCUUGAUCUUGCCCACCAGCCGCUUGUACUGCCAUCGCACGUUAUUCAGCCACUGCUUGGUGUCGUCGCAGCUCAGAGUAAUAUAUUGUCUUUACUGCAAGUUCAAGGCCAUUGAUAUUGAGUGAUGGUGACGACUUCAACUUCGGGGUCCAAGUCACUUAAAGAAUAUCUGAAGAGAUAUGAGAGCAAUGAUGAGGAAGAAAAGAAAAAGAAAAAGAAGAAGAAGAAGGUGGUCCAAAGUAAACCAGAUGUAAAAGGUGUUUUAGUCGUGGAUGAAGAUCCGGUUUGGCAGAAACCAGUUAAUCUUGAAGAGGAAAACAAUGAUGAUUCAGCUGAUGAAGAGAAGCCACAAGUUGAUGAGGACAUUGAGGUUAAGCGGAUGAGGAGGCUCGAACAACUAAAGGCUAUGCGUGCAUAUAAUGCCAUAUCAGAGGAUGGAAGUGGUUGGGUUCCUCUCUCUCCCAAAGCCGCUAAUUCUAAUGACCCAAACUCUGAUAUGUCACCACCACGUAAGCGGGAAGUCCGGAAUGACACACCUUCACCAGAACAUGAACUCAAGCCUGAAGAUUUUGGCAGAGGUAGCACCGAUUUGUCACCUUCACGACAGCGGCUGAAGCACCAACAGAACGAUAUAACACCUGAAUUUCCAGACAUAUCUCCUCCUAGACGGAAUCGUCGUGGUUCUUCAUACCAAGAUGACUUCCAGGCUUCUCCAGGGUCGGACAUUUCACCCCCAAGGAAAACUAGGGAUGGUUUUCGGAUUCCUGGGUUGCCUGAUCUUUCCCCUCCACGUAAACGUUCAACUGAAACCAAUGCUUCACAUGCAUCUUUGCAUCAGGAUCUUUCCCCACCAAGAAAAAGCCGAAAGGAAGCUGCUGUGAAUGAGCCACGAAAAACAGGUCUGCUUACUGGCAAAGAGAUCAGUGAAGAGAUUGCUAGAACUAAGAAGACUGAUUGGUUAAGGUUUAAAGAGAUGGAUCCUUCUAUAAGUGGUCGAGGUGCGGAACCUGUAUAUCGUGAUAAGAUAAAAGGAGAACGUAUAUCGAAGGAAGACUUUUUGAAGUCAAGGCAGAAAGUAAAAGUAGAAGAGAAGCCCAAGGAGAAGAAAUUGGAAUGGGGGAAAGGCUUGGCUCAAAAGCGGGAAGCUGAAACUAAGCUGCAGGAAUUGGAACUUGAGAAGGAAAAACCAUUUGCACGAACCAGGGAUGAUCCAGAACUAGACAACAUGCUGAAGGAGAGAUUAAGAUGGGGUGAUCCCAUGGCGCAUUUGGUGAAGAAAAAGCAUCCUGAAAUGGUUCUCCCAAACCUAGGGGAUAGUGAGAAGAUGAAGGAAUCGGGGUUUGUUAUUCCUCAGGACAUUCCUAUCCACAGCUGGUUAAAAAGAGGCUUAGAUGCUGCACCAAAUCGAUAUGGCAUAAGACCAGGAAGACAUUGGGAUGGAGUCGACCGUAGUAAUGGAUUUGAGAAGGGAUUGGUUAAAAGGACGAAUGAGAGACGAGCUACAGAAACAGAAGCAUACCUGUGGUCUGUAUCUGACAUGUGACUUGACGUGUACGGACUGUGUAAGAAGAUUCCAAUGUGCUUUUCAUGUGUUUUUGGAAAGGCAAUGAGGCAACCGACUUAAAGCAAGUUCUAUUUAAGUUAAUUGGUUGUGGUGGUGAGUGAUUGGUCUUCCUGAAUUGCUGAACAGCAUUAUGUUUGCAUUGCCAGUGAAGUUUCUGUACUCAUGAUGCUUAGUUGUAGAAUUCGUGAUGUGGUUUUUGUCCAGCUAAUUUUUGCUGCCUGCUCUGUGGAUUACACCACAAUUUCAUAAAGCAUGCAGGUUCCAAGGCCUUGUGCUUUUGAGUGACGGCCUCUCUUCUUGUGGGUCAGGGACUGUUGCAAGGCAAGCAUAUUUGGUUGGCUUUGACAGCUGUGACCACCUCCCUUUUAGCUUUUCUUUCCAUGGCAUGUGACCCAAUGAUGUUUUAGAAUGUAAAAUAGUUGAAAACUGGAAGAUUGUCAAUGAACUGUUGUUAAUUUA